AUGGAGGAAGUAGCAGCAGCUGCACUGACCACUGGGAGGUGGCAACCAGGAGGACGGGGCAGUAGCAGUAGUAGUAGCAGCGAGCACCGGGAGGUGGGGACCAAGGGUCGGAGGCGGCAGCAGCAGCAGCAGCAGCAGCGAGCACUGGGAGGCGGCGACCAGGAAGCUGAGGGAGCAGCAGCAGAAGCAGAGGCGAAGGCAGUAGCAGCAGCAGCAGCGAGCACUGGGAGGCAUCGACCUGGCGGCACAGGCAGCAGCAGCACCGGGAGGUGGGGACCAAGGGUCGGAGGCAGCAGCAGCAGCAGCAGCAGCGAGCACUGGCAGGCGUCGAAAAGUCUGUGGAGACAGCAGCAGCACCUACCACUGGGGAGACCGGGCGGCAGCAGCAGCAGCAGUAGCAGCAGCAGUGAGCACUGGGAGGGGCGACCAGGAGCCGGAGGCAGUAGUAGUAGCAGCAGCAGCAGCAGCAGCAGCAGUGAGCAUCGGGAGGGGGUGACAGGGGGCCGGAGGCAGCAGCAGCAGCAGCAGAAGCAGCACCAGCACCAGUGA